AUGACGAGGUACGGUACAAUACCAACAGAAUCACUGGGGAGGUCAAGGGAGGAAUUCAUGUCCAAAGUGAAAGAUCGAAUCAAAUCAGGGCUGGCAACUUGUAGACCAUGGAGGGAGAUGCUUCACCGACAUGCCCUAGGUGUCCCUUCCAACGUGGGUGAAACUUUCGUUGGUGUAAGAACUAACUUUGGCUACUUCCGGAUGAACUAUGCCAUUAUAGUACUCUUGAUUAUCUUCCUCAGCUUGCUAUGGCACCCAAUUUCACUUAUAGUGUUUGUGGUAAUGAUGGUUGUUUGGUUGUACCUCUACUUCUUAAGGGAUGAGCCAUGGGUGAUAUUUGGGAGAAGCAUAGAUGAUCGGGUGGUGUUGAUCCUCUUGUCGGUUGUUACACUUGUUGCCCUUUUCCUCACCAAGGCCACACUCAACCUUAUCAUCUCGUUGUUGAUAGGGUUGGUGGUGAUCUUGAUCCAUGCGGUCUUCAGGAAGACCGACGAUCUCUUUCAGAACGAAGAGGACUUGAGAUCAGGUGGGGAUGGCGGCGUCACUCAUCCUCUCACUACUUCUUCUUCUGUAUAGCUGCUCAGCUAGCUAUAUUUAGCUAAAUAAUAACAAGGUU